UUCGUUUUUCAGUUUAAAAGCGUUUCAUGUCUUUAUCUUUUUUUUUCAUUCAUUAAUUCAGUUACAUUGUCAAUUCUUGUUUCAUAAACAUACAAAAAAAAAAUUAUUUUAAUUUUAUUUGUUGUCUUUGAGGAUGAAAAUUUGCUCACUCGUACUGAUUUUAUUUGUCGUGCGGGGUCUUGCAUUGGUCAUUCAUGAUACACCACCAUUUUUUACGUGUGAUUUUGAUCUUAUUGAUGAUACUCUUACCGACUAUUAUAGCCCAAUGACGUCUGACUUCUUGUCGGAAGAAUGUCUAAGAUAUUGGCAACAUCCUUUUAUGCGCGACUUGUAUAGAAAAGAAGCACAAGCAUUUCGUGCAUUUAGUGUAGCCAUACAAACUUAUGAGGCAAAAAUAUCUGGAAAGAAACUGUGUGAGAACAACGAAUAUGCCCUAAAUCUUAUUGAACGAGAGAAAUUCUACAAUCAGGUGGAUUUAUCUCCGUGCUACAUGAAGACAGACCAGGUGAGUUUUCUGAACUGCCUCAUAGAAAAAAGAACAGCGUUGACGAAGAUAAUAAAUAAAGCCAUUUCAAACUGAAUCCGUUACAUAUAUGUAUAUG